AUGAUCUCGCCACCCAUAAAGCGAGGUAACCGAGGAACUCAAGCGAUCAUGGUACUUUUUGGCGUGGAUUGGGGUGUGAUUACACCUACCGAGGUUCUUAAGUGUCUCGAGACAUCGAAAUCAAAAGGUCUUUUGAGAAAACAAAUAAGCUGGAUACAUAGUAGGGAAAUGUCACAUCAUCUGAUUCUCCCAAUCAACUCUUUUAACUCUUACUCGGAUGGCUCUUCGAAGGUUUAG